GGUGGUGAUCUCCUUAAGUGGAAAGCCGCAAAAAUUUCUGCGCUUGUGGGUCUUGACCUUUCAGAUGUAUCAAUUGAUGAUGCCAAAAAACGUUGGGAGAAUCUUAAAGGUAUUAAUUGUAAAGAUAAAUAUCCCGCAGAGUUCCAUGUUUUAGAUUGUUUUUCUAACCCAAUUACCUCAAUUCCGUCUAUAAGAAAUAAAAAGUUUGAUGUCGUCAGCAUGCAAUUAUGUCUUCAUUACUCGUUUGAGACGGAACAUAAAGCACAUAUGGCUUUAAAUAAUGCAUCUUCUAAUCUAAAAGAAGGUGGUUUGUUUAUUGGCACGGUAACGGAUGCCAAUUGGAUUGUCAAAAAACUAAAAACUUUAGGGCCAAAGGAGUUAGAAUUUG